AUGGAAGUCGACAGCACACAUGCUUUCACACCCUACGAUCUCAAUUCGCUACUGUCUUGUACUUCUAUGAACCAUUCGGAGUUUAGGAGCCACGAGAUGUUGGAGGAGGUUAAAAUGACGGUGAACGGUCAGGAACUGGAUGAGUCUCUGUCAGCUGGUGAUCCGGCAAGUUUUCCGACGAGAUGCUCCUUGAGUGCGGUCAUGAGAGUACAGAAGGUUUACCGGAGCUAUCGUACGCGGCGCAUGUUAGCAGACUCCGCUGUGGUUGCUGAAGUGCUCUGGUGGCAAGCGAUAGAUUAUGCGCGAUUAAAUCACAGCACUGUAUCCUUUUUCAACUUCAUGAAGCCAGAAACAGCAGCAUCGCGGUGGAAUCGUGUCAGUUUGAAUGCUUCAAAGGUAAAAAAUAUGAUUUCUUCUUGUAAUUAA